UUAUAUGGAACAAAAUUGGAGCGGAUCCUACGCAUUCGGCUUCGCCUUCUUCGCCAAUUGCGGGUGGGGUUAUCGUUUCUUCGUCAGGACAGCGACGAUCUAUGCGUUCCUGCUUCCAUUUGGAUCUCUCCACUCAGCUCAGCAGCAAUCGUGGUCUCAGGGGAAGGGAGGGAGUCGAUGGAGAACAAUAAGGGCGAUCGGAGGAGGGGACGCAGGAGGAGCUCCCGCGCAGCCGACGACAUCACCGCCGUGCUCCGCAAGUGCUGGUACCGCCUCCGCCUGUCGGUGCGGGACCCAUCGCGCGUCCCCACCUGGGACGCCGUCGUCCUCACCGCCGCCAGCCCCGAGCAGGCCGCGCUCUACGAGUGGCAGCUUCGCCGGGCCAAGCGAUUCGGCCGCAUCGCCCCCUCCACCGUCACCCUCGCCGUCCCCGACCCCGAUGCUGCACGCAUCGGAUCCGGCGCCGCCACCCUCCACGCCAUCUAUGCCCUUGCCCGUCACCUUCUCCGCAUCGGCCACGCGUCCCUCGAGGUAAGCGAUGACAAGGAAGACAGUUUACUGUCUUCAUCAAAUGGAUGGUCCAAUGAUGAUACUUCAUUCUCAUCAAUUGUAAACUAUAUGGCCACAAGGCACAUACUACUGCUUCAUGCUGGAGGUGAUUCUAAGAGGGUCCCAUGGGCAAACCCAAUGGGAAAAGUGUUCCUACCACUACCAUAUUUGGCUGCAGACAAUCCUGAUGGCCCUGUUCCAUUGCUUUUUGAUCAUAUACUUGCAAUUUCCUCUAGUGCAAGGCAAGCUUUUAAGAAUAAAGGUGGGAUUCUUAUAAUGACCGGAGAUGUUCUCCCUUGUUUUGAUGCCUCAACCAUGAUUCUGCCUGAUGAUUCAGGCUGCAUCAUUACAGUCCCAAUAACCCUGGAUAUUGCUGCUAAUCAUGGUGUUGUUGUGGCUUCAAGUGAUGGCAUUACGAAUGAUGAUUACUCCAUCUGCUUGGUUGAAAAUCUUUUGCAGAAGCCAACCUUGACAGAGCUCACUGAGGGCCAUGCCAUACUACAUGAUGGUAGGACACUACUAGAUACUGGAAUAAUAGCAGCGAGAGGGAAGGCAUGGGCUGAACUUGUUAAGCUUGCCUGCUCUUCAAGCCAAGCCAUGAUAUCCGAGCUUGUGGAUUCCAGAAAAGAGAUGAGUUUAUAUGAAGAUCUGGUAUCAGCAUGGGUACCAGCAAAACAUGAAUGGUUGCGGUCACGUCCUUUAGGUGAAGAACUUAUCAAUGCGUUGGGAAAUCAGAAGAUGUUCAGCUUUUGUGCUUUUGGAUUGUCCUUCUUGCACUUUGGUACAUCAAUUGAGGUUCUCGAUCACUUAGGUGGUUCAAAUUCAGCACUAGUAGGCCGAAGGCACUUGUGUUCUAUGCCAGAAACUACUUCUUGUGACAUUGCUGCAUCUGCUGUUAUUCUUUCCAGCAAAAUUGCACCUGGUGUCUCAGUUGGAGAGGAUUGUUUGGUUUAUAACUCAUCACUUUCUGGUCGAAUACAGAUCGGUUCACAAUCCAUUGUAGUUGGAGUGAGUAUAGCGAGCUUAAACAAAUAUGAACAAAUUGACAAUUCAUCUCGAUUCGUUUUGCCUGAUCGUCACUGUCUGUGGGAAGUUCCCUUGGCAGAAUCUUUAGGAAGAAUCAUUGUCUAUUGUGGGCUUCAUGAUAACCCAAAAAUUUCUGUUGAAAACGGUGGAACUUUUUGUGGAAAACCAUGGAAAAAGAUCUUGCAUUACCUACAAAUUCAAGAAAGUGACUUGUGGAGUUCCUUGGCUGGCCAAGAGAAAUGCUUGUGGACUGCAAAACUAUUUCCCGUAGUUUCUUCAUCUGAAAUGCUUAAGUUAAGCAUGUGGCUUACUGGCUCAACUAUUUACAACUGUCAAGAAAUGCUUUUUCUAUGGAGAAAUUCACAUCGCAUCAGUUUGGAAGACUUGCAUCGGUCUAUAGAUUUUCCACAGCUUUGCAUGGAGUCCAAUAAGCAUCAAGCAGAUCUUGCAGCUGGAAUUGCUAAAGCUUGCCUUACCUGUGGUUUGCUUGGGCGCAACUUGUCUCAGUUAUGUGAAGAAAUUUUACAAAAAGGUACCAUGGGAGUGGAGAUAUGUAAGGAUUUUCUUACACUCUGUCCUAUUCUUCAAAAUCAGAACCAUGGUGUUCUUCCUCAAAGCAGAGCAUACCAGGUGCAAGUUGAUCUUCUUAGGGCUUGUGAAGAUGAAUCAAAUGCUCGUAUAUUGGAGCAAAAAGUUUGGACUGCAGUUGCUAGUGAAACUGCAUCAGCAGUAAAAUAUGGAAUUGAAGGUGAUUCUUUUGACUCCAAAUGUGGAACUAAUACUACAUCAAAACUAACAAAGGAUCUUGAAGAUAUUAGUUUCUGCCCCAAAAGAGCAAGUGUACAAUUGCCAGUUCGUGUUGACUUUGUGGGUGGAUGGAGUGAUACACCACCUUGGAGCUUGGAACGCCAAGGUUGUGUUCUGAAUAUGGCAAUAAAUCUGGAGGGAUCCCUUCCGAUUGGAGCUGUUAUGGAAACAACAAAAAGUUCUGGGGUCUUGAUUGUUGAUGAUGCUGAAAAUCAUGUCUAUAUUGAAGAUCCUGCCUCCAUUUCUACACCUUUUGAUAAAGAUGAUCCAUUUCGACUUGUAAAAUCUGCACUCCUCGUGACUGGAAUUUUUCGUCACAAAGUAUUGGUCAAUUCAGGCCUACAGAUUGAGACAUGGGCAAAAGUUCCCCGUGGAAGCGGCCUGGGAACUUCUAGCAUACUGGCUGCAGCUGUUGUUAAGGGGUUGCUUCGUCUCAUGGAAGAAGAUGAAAGUAAUGAAAGUGUUGCUAGAACUGUUUUGGUGCUGGAACAAGUUAUGGGUACAGGCGGUGGGUGGCAGGAUCAAAUUGGAGGCUUGUAUCCUGGGAUUAAGUGCACCUACAGCUUUCCAGGACAGCCAUUACUGUUGCAAGUUAUUCCUCUAGUAGCCUCGCCUCAGUUGGUGUCGGAGUUAGAACAGCGUCUGCUGGUGGUGUUUACUGGUCAAGUGCGACUCGCUAAUCAAGUCCUACAGAAGGUAGUAACAAGAUAUCUGCGCCGAGAUAACCUCCUAAUAGAAAGUAUCAAGCGCCUUGCUGCAUUGGCAAAGCACGGGAGGGAAGCUCUGAUGAAUGGUGAUAUCGAUGAGCUGGGCUACAUAAUGCUGGAGGCAUGGCGGCUACACCAGGAAUUGGAUCCUUUCUGCAGUAACGAAUUUGUGGAUAAGCUUUUUGCUUUUGCUGAGGCCUACUGCUGCGGCUAUAAGUUGGUCGGCGCCGGAGGUGGUGGCUUCGCCUUGCUUCUCGCCAAGGAUGCGUCACGUGCCCAGCAGCUUAAGCAAGCACUCGGGGAGUCUUCCGAGCUAGAUGUUAAGGUGUACAAUUGGAACAUUUGUUUGUCCUAAUCCGACUAUUCAACUUUGUGCUUAUUUAUCCAACCUCCACAGAUGAAUGUAUGCAUUGAAAACGUAACUUUAUUGAUCCUACUCAGCAUAUUUGCGAAAUGAGGGAAGUGAUGUCAUGAAUAGAUCUGACAAGAGGAAUGGAAUAAGAUCAGAUUGGCAUUUCAUUUUGAUUC